AUGCUGCCGCCAAUGGAGGCUACUUGCAUCUGGCUUUUCCCGGCUUUCGCUGCAGGCGCCAUCCUGUGGGCUGUAAGCUGCAAGAUUUUUUACCGCAUUCGUGGCGAGUUUGGCAAGGAUCUCGUCAUUCAACGCUUUGGCCAGCACGCCUUCCACGUAGUCAGUGGAGACUACUCCAGCAAGCUCAUCUACGAGGAGAUCUUUCGCAAGAAGGUAUACUUCAAACAUGGAGUUUCUUUACACGAUUUUGACGACCGGCAAGACCGGCAAGAGAAGGAGCGCGGGCCCUGCGGGCCCUUGGUACUCGAUGUGGGUGGGAACCUUGGAUUCUUCUCUGCUUUCGUGGCGGAACACUUCAGAGGUUCGAGGAUACACAUCUUCGAGCCUUUGCCCUUGUUGGUGAACGCCAUUUCCCUCAACUUGGCCAGCUAUGGCUGCGUCGUGUUCCGUGCACAUGAUGGCAAAACUCUCCUUCGAGAUGCUCCGGAUGGAACACGAGUCGUGGUCCACCAGACUGCGCUGGGAGCCCACGAGACCGAGCUGCCUCUGACAUAUCAGAGCCGAAUGCUUGCGGGGAGCAGUUUGGUUCCUGAGAGGUUCCUUCCUAGCAACAUCGACAAGAUCCAGUUUCUACAAGCCAUGUAUCUGGAUUCUGUCACCCUUGGUGCUCUUCCCGCCUUUCCCACACGCUUCCUCUGCCAGCUUCUCGGAGUCCCAUGGCUCCGCAUUCCCAUCUUCCUAGCGCUCACACCACUGAUGAUCUUGCAUCAGAUUCAGCAACGCCUGUCUGGAAACAGGCAGCUGGUGUUCAGAACCCCCGUGAGGACGUUAUCUAGCAUUCUCAAGGAGCAAGGCCUUUUGGGAAAGACUGUGGACUUGUUGAAGGUGGACGUGGAAGGAGCAGAAUGGGACGUCCUGAUGGGGAUUGACGAGCAGAUCUGGCCCUGUCUGCGUCAGCUGGUGAUAGAGGUGCACGAUGGCGAUGAUGGCCGCGUCCAGACGAUAAUGGAGCUUUGCAAGGGCAAAGGGUUCAAGGUGAUGAAGAUGCAGGAGGAGGCCUUCCAGCUGCCCAAGCUUUGCAAGAUUUUUCUGAUCUUCGCCACGAGGUGA